AUGGAAGAAGUUGAGAAGGAUCCAGAAGAGGAGUCUGAACCUUCUGUGUUGUCCGAAAAUCAAGAGGUUAAGAACAUGGUCUCCACGCAGGAUGGUGAAGGAGACCCCAGUACUGAGGCCCAUGAGGAGUUCAACGAGGAGCCCUGCCAGAGCCAGUUUCAGGAGGAGGAGCUGGAGGAAAGUGAGAAGCUAAUCACUCCUCCGAGGAUCAUCAACCUUCAGAGAGAUUUGACGACAUUAGUAACCAACAUCCAAACUGCAGCUGACGCCAAAGAGUCCAUGCGAAGGACAGAGCUGGAGGAAGCUCGGAGAAUCAGGUUGGAGCGGCUGGAGAAUGAUUUUAAAUCCAGUCAGGAAAUAUUUGAGGAGAUCGCCAGAGGCUGGUCGAUAGCAAAGCAGAAGGUGAUCCCUCAGGAGCUCCAGGAGGCCCUGAACAACCAGCAGCAGUUAUGUGAUGCUCUCAUAGAAGACAAGAAAAAACUCAUAAAUGACCUGCAACAGGAGCUGAAAGUUGGAGAUGAUCGUUAUGUUAAGGACUUGAGGAGGCAGGCAGAGGAGCUGGACCUGAUGAUGGAGAGGAUGGAGAACCAGAUCAAAACCCUGACAAUGGCCUACAGGGAGGAGCUGGCCCAGAUUUCAAGAGUUUAUCAGCAGGAAAACGAAGCCUUACUUACAAAAGACAAGACUGAAUGGGAUCGAUGCAUGAAGGAACUUUGGGAAGAAGAGCUGGUGUGGCUGACGCAGAGGAGGAAAAAAGUGGAGGAGUAUGAAGCAAUGGUUCACAAUCGGAUGUUGGAGACUACUGACCAGAACAGCUCUUUUCAGACAAAACAGAAUGAAAAGUUUCAGAAUCUGGAGAGAGACUGUCAACAUAUGAAGGCCAGAAAAAUGAUCACGAAGCUAAGAAUAAUAAAGCCAAAGGAGGAGUUAACAGCACACAGAUUCAGUCUGAGCCAUAUGAAGGCCAGGGUUGGCAGUCUGCAGAUGGAGAUUAAAAAACUUCAUAAUAAGUAUUCCAGUCAGAAGAAACAGUUUACAAUGAAGAGCCAGAAUUUGUCUGAGGGAUACAAACGCAGCAUCCAGCAAUAUGAACACAUACAGAAGAAAAUCAAACACUUUUCAGCUGCUGAUGCCAAACAAUUUGAGGAGAUGUGGCUUAUGAUUGAGGGGGAAGUGAAGCAACUAGUGGAGAGGGUUUUGGUCAUCGACUCGCUGAUCUGCAAGCAGCACCUUGGUUUAACCUGGGAGCGACCUCCCAUGGAAUUCAUGGAGCUCUCUGGACCCAUCCAGCCUCAGAAACAGGCUGGGAUGCCUGCCCGCCAGGCUGUCUCCCAGCUGUUCCACACCAGGCAAAAUUUACAGUUUAGUCAGAGGAUGAUGGAACUCUCAGUUGAGUCCCGGCCAGAGACUGACACUGAGAGCAUGGAUAUGGAAAUGUACAAGGAAGGGAAAGCACUGCAGAGUGAGACUGAUGAAGAGUUGGAGGAAGAGAAGCUGUCGAUGGAUACACUGAAAAACGUGAUGGAGCUGCUGUGUGAUGAGGCGGGCUUCCUGAUGGAGGAUAAACUCCAAAACCUGCUGGCUCACCUGGAGAAGGAAGAACAGACUGUUGUAAAGCUGGGCUCUCUUCUUUCUUCUUUUGGCAUUGAAGAGGAGGAUGUGCCCAAGUUGGCUGAAUUCUUAUUAAAGUACAAACAUCAGCAGAGAGAUCCGACUGAGGAUGUUUGUGUUGAGUCGGGUGAAUCCAGUAUCAAGACAGAGAAUGUGGAGACCAAGUCUAUGACUCAUUUGACCUCUGAACUCAUCAAUCCUAACCAUAUUCUGCCUGCUCUAAAAAGUUUCCUCAAGCAGCACAUGAGGUCCAGGGAGAGCUCAGCCAGCCAACAUCAUAGUUUUCAUGUAGAAGCCCGGGAUACUUCAAAAGAUGAAGCCUACUGGGAGAGUAUGGGCAACAUAAUCUCUGAAGACAAAGUGAAACUCUGGGAUGCCGCAGAGAACACACUAAAGCAGUACCUGGCGGUCCUGACGGAUAUCUCUGAGCUCGUCCCUGAGACUCAGAGUCUGGAGCAGCAGAACACAGAGCUGCGUAUGUUGCUGCAACAGUCUCUGAACUCAAGAAUCAGCACAGAGGCGGAGAAGCAGUAA